ACAUGUAGGUAAGUGAAAACUGGAUGAAGAGGUUGCAUGCAAUGCCGAGGCACUAUUCAUCGCACGAAAUAGACAUCCUAAGAGUGAUUACAUGUGUUGAGAUUGCAUUAAGAUGUGUGGACAGGGACCGGAAUAAAAGACCCUCCAUAAAAGAUAUUGUCCAUGAACUGGAAGAACUAGAAGCUGAGAUUGACAGAAUAAUGUUACUACCACCUGAUCAUAGGCAGACCCUCUUGUUUAACCAAGGCCCUGGCCCGGAGUUUCCAAAAAUUAACAGCCUAUGUAUGGCCUGUAACUUGGCCCAAUACAAAAUUAUCCUGGAUUUUAAACUCUGUUUAAUUGAAGCUAUUACAAACGGUUUUUCAGAUGAUCAGAAAAUUUGGAGUGAUGGGUAUGGAGAUGUUUACUGGGCAUUGCAUAAUGGGGAAGAGAUUGUUGUGAAGAGGCUUCAUUCGUUGCAAGGACUUGAUGACAACGGAUUUUUGGAUGAAAUGUAUAACCUUACCAAGGUUCAUCACAAAAUAUUGGACGAUUAAUUGGCUACUGCUACGAACCCUGCCUUCUAAACAUUGAGCACAAUGAAGAACUUGUUUCAUCAAGGACAAUUGAGCGAGUUCUCUGCUUUGAAUAUAUGCGGGGGGAAAGCCUUGACAAACAUAUUGCAGAUGAACCUUGUGGACUUGAUUGGCCCAUACUUUACAAAAUUAUUAAAGGGACUUGUGAGGGCUUAAAUCACCUUCUUAGUGCACAGGAAAAACCUAUUCUCCAUCUAGACUUAACACCUGGUAAUAUAUUUCUGGUUAAGGGCAAGACACCUAAAAUUGUAGGUUUUGGUUUGUGGAGACUUAUUGACUCAACCAAAAUGCAUCAAACAAAGAUUUUCAAAGUAACACAGUAAGUUGAUGGAUCAUGUUAUGAGAAAUUUGUUUUUAGAAAACUUUUAAACAAAGUUCUUGUAUUGACUAAGCCACUAAGUGUAUAUAUCUGUGAUGCUUAUGAUAUCUGCAGCAGGUACAUGCCACCGGAAUAUGUAGACAUUGGCUUUAUAUCAAACAAGUACGACGUGUUCAGUUUGGGCGUUAUAAUUAUAAAAAUGAUGGCUGGAAAUAUGGGCUAUUCUCGUUGUUUCAAAAUGUCUCCCAAAGAGUUCAUUGAGCUUGUAAGUGAAAGCUGGACUAAAAGGUUGCAUGCAAAGCCAGGGUAUUCACCAUACGAAAUAGACAUCCUACGACUGAGUACAUGUGUUGAGGUUGCGCUAAGAUGUCUGGACGCCGACCGAGAAAAAAGGCCCUGUGUAGAAGAUAUUGUCCAUGAACUGGGGGAACUAGAAUCUAGGAUUAAGACAAUAAUGUUACUACCUUAUGAUCAUAGGAAGAAGCUCUUGCCUAACCUGGGCCUUGGCCAGUACUCUGCAAAAAGUACCAGGAUAUAUAUGUCCCAUAAGUUGGCCCAUGAUGGAGCAGUUGCUGCAUAUAAAUCUGAUUGGUCCAGGCUUGAUUCUCAGUCAGACCCCACUGGUACUGCUCAUGGUCAGUCGAAAGACCUAAGUAUCCAGGCGGAGUCUACUCCAUACCAUGUGACCUUACAACAUUUGAGAGACAUUACUGACAACUUCUGUGAUAAACGAAUACUUGGUAGAGGUGGUUUUUAUGUGGUAUAUAAGGGAGUGCUACCAAGCGGGAAAAUUGUUGCGGUGAAGAAACUUAGGCAGCCAACAGUGAGCUCACAGGCGGAAUUUGAGGAGGAGGUUAAUAUCCUUGUGAAGCUAAAUCACCCAAAUAUUGUCAAGCUAGUAGGAUACUGCUAUGAAACACAACAUCUACUCAUGUCUCACGAAGGAAAAUCAGUCUUUGCCGAGGAGACUCAAACUUUGUUUUGUUUGGAAUGUCUACCCAACGGAAGUCUUGAUAAGUAUAUUUCAGAGGCAUCUACUGGACUUGAUUGGCACAUGCGUUGCAAAAUAAUUGAGGGGGUUUCCUAUGGUCUACAGUACCUUCAUGAGCAAUCUAAAGAUCCCAUUCUUCACUUGGACUUAAAACCUGCGAACAUAUUGCUCAAUAAAAUGAUGCUGCCGAAAAUUACAGACUUUGGUCUGUCAAGGCUGUUUGAUCAAAGCCGAACUAUUCAGACUGUAAAUACAAGUGGAACACUAGGUUACAUGCCGCCAGAAUACCUGCGAGGUAUAAUCACACCUAUGUCAGACAUAUUCAGUUUGGGUGUAAUAAUCUUGGAGGUAAUAACAGGGCACAGGGACUACCCAUAUGAUAUUAGAGCAUCUUCCAAGGACUUCAUCGAGCUCGAGCUUAAAAAAUGGAGAAAUAGGCUGCAAAAAGAACCACGGUCUAGAUCGCUAGAAAUAGAUUGCGAACAAAUAAAAAGAUGCAUUCAGAUAGGUUUAAUCUGCGUGAAUCCUGAGCGGACCAAAAGACCUACAAUGAAGAAAAUUAUUGAUAUGCUUGAAGGCUUGGAAAGUAUGGAUUGGUACAUUAAAAAUCAGUUAUCAAGCGAUGACAUCCAGCCAGAACUUUAGCUCAACAUAGGAGGUCAUCACAUAUGCAUUGCUUCCGAUCUUCCUGGGCUCUGGAUCUUCGUGGUGCUACCUUCAAUUGGCGUUCAUGUUCGACGCGACUGGCUCUGCAAGCUACUCCCUCCGAUCCCAAAUAAGUGUCCAUGCCACAUAUUUUGGAUCGAAGGGAGUAUUAAUUUGUCUAUUGUACACACGUAGUUCUAGCUAGUGCAUAUAUAUCACAUAUCUAAAUUUUUGCUAAUUCCUGGAGACAUAUGCAGUUCUACUUACGGACAUGGUUGUCAAAGGCAUCAAAGUCUUUCGGAGUUGGAACAAGAAAUUA